CUAGUAGCGAGUCUCCUUUGUUGUGCGGAAUACAUCCGCUCUGCAAGUGAUUGGUCUCAUAAAUACCCACCGAAACGUAGGAUUUACGGGUCAGGAUUCUUUCACCAGCCUCUAUAGGCGACAUAAUGCGUGCAAUCAUAUACCUAUGUCUGGCGUUGCUAUUGGUAGUCAUCCAGUUGCUCUACGGCCCUACCACGUUCUUCGACUAUACGCCUAGCACAUCUUAUGAAAUCAACAAUGAAUACACACCCGAUUGUUGUGUUCGGUCGUGGAGAAAUAAAACACAUCAAAAGCAUCUACGUAUCACAAUAGAUCGAGAGAACAAUGUCGUUAUCCCGAGGGAUGCAUCCGAGGAUUGCCUUGUGGCUCAAGCGGAUAUGCAUAUUAUAUGCUUGCAGCCCAGUGUAUCAUUCGACUUGGGCUAUGAUCGGGGGCGGACGAGUGAAAGUGGGACUUUCAUUAUGUUCAAUAUAAAAACUUUCCAAGGCAAAACAUCAAGCACAGGUGAGUUAACCAUCGGUUUAUUAGCUUCUGGUAUGAACGACUAUUAUCUGCGAGUGCUCAGUACAGCCGGCGGCUUCACGUCUUUGGCUACUAGCCGUGUUAGUGUUGGAUUGGUGCAGGCCACACUGGGUAUACCGACUGUUGUCUCGACAAAUGAGACGCUUGAUAUCAGUGUCAAGGUGUGCUUAAUCAUGCAGAACGUCGCAUAG